CCCGUUGCUGACCAGUUUCAGUCUCUCUCUUCUCUCUGAAGAUGCCCUUUCGUAGCUCUGUAUCUUUCUCAAAAAAGAGAAUCCAUCCCUUUUGACUAAAAACUUUCUCCGGCUAAUCUCCCAUUCCCUUCACUCAUAUCGUUGUUUCUCUAUAUCCCCAAUUCAGGAGCUCAUCGUUUGUUUUCGUCUUAAAAGUCUUACCUUUUCUUCUUUUAAGGGAGAAGGGAUCAAACUUUAUCCUUUCUGAGAAUUGGGUUUCUGACUUUCUGCUCUUUCCAUCAAUUUCACGUUCUGGGUCUGAUCGAGAUCGAUUUCUAUGGAUGUGAUGAGAGGGAGUGAUCUGUUCUAGGGCUUCUCUUUGAUUUUAGUUCUAGGGUUUGUAAGGAGACGAUGGCUACGGAGAAAGACUCUGUUAAGGUUGUGGGUGUGGAGAAACCUGAAAAGGGGAAGACUUUGAGUGCAAAUAAGAGAGAUGGAGAUGAGAGUGAAAGUGGGUUCUGGUUCAGAAUCAAGCUCAUAUUCAGCUGCAUCACUUCUAGAUCAAAAGUUGAUAGUUCCUUGAAUGCCACCACCACAGUUGUUGCAGCACCUAAGCAUGUUGUUGAGAAGCGUGAAGAUCAUACACCUCCGUCUAAAGAUGCUAGCCGUCCGGAGAGUGGUUCGUCGACACCUCUAAUCAGUGGGGAGUUGAAGUAUUCUUCUAAGCUAAGGAUAUUCAUGUUUAAUGACCUCAAGUUAGCCACUAGGAACUUCAGACCAGAGUCUCUUCUUGGCGAAGGUGGGUUUGGAUGUGUUUUCAAAGGAUGGAUUGAGGAAAACGGAACGGCGCCGGUUAAGCCUGGUACUGGUUUAACUGUAGCAGUCAAAACACUGAACCCAGAUGGUCUUCAAGGUCACAAGGAGUGGCUGGCUGAGAUUAACUUUCUUGGGAACCUUGUUCACCCAAGCUUGGUUAAACUGGUGGGUUAUUGCAUGGAAGAAGACCAAAGGCUGCUUGUUUAUGAGUUUAUGCCUCGAGGGAGUCUUGAGAAUCAUCUUUUCAGAAGGACUUUACCUCUCCCUUGGUCUGUGAGAAUGAAAAUUGCGCUUGGUGCAGCUAAAGGUCUUGCCUUUCUUCAUGAGGAAGCUGAGAAGCCUGUCAUUUACCGCGAUUUCAAAACAUCUAACAUCUUACUAGACGCGGAAUAUAACUCAAAGCUCUCUGACUUUGGGCUAGCUAAAGAUGCACCAGACGAGAAAAAAUCACAUGUAUCAACCAGAGUCAUGGGAACAUAUGGUUAUGCAGCUCCUGAAUAUGUAAUGACUGGACAUUUGACAACGAAGAGUGACGUAUACAGCUUCGGAGUAGUUCUACUUGAGAUACUAACUGGACGAAGAGCUGUGGAUAAAAGCCGUCCCAACGGUGAACAAAACCUGGUGGAAUGGGUGAAACCUCAUCUUUUAGACAAAAAGAAGUUUUACAGACUGUUGGAUCCUCGCUUAGAGGGUCACUUCUCGAUCAAGGGAGCUCAGAAAGCCACCCAAGUAGCGGCACAGUGCCUUAACCGAGACUCUAAAGCUAGACCAAAGAUGAGUGAAGUUGUCGAAGCGUUAAAGCCGUUACCGAGUCUUAAAGACUUCGCUAGCUCUUCUACAUCUUUCCAGACAAUGCAGCCUGUUGCUAAGAACGGUGUUAGGACACAAGGAGGUGGGUUUGUGGCGAGAAACGGACAGCCUCUGAGGAGUUUGUCGAGUUUAAACUUGCCUCAGGCUUCGCCUUAUCGGAAUGCGAGGCAAUCACCAAAGCCUAAAGGAAAAGAGCAAUGACUCAAAGUAUAGGGAAUUAGUUUGUCUGACCGGAUUGGAGCUGGAUGUUGUUCUAGGCUUCAUGUUGCAUCGAUUCUUUCUGAUUCAAGAGCAAAAGAGAUGGUCUGUGGAUCCUGGUUUGUGUUCUUUGAGUGGAUGGAACUCAGGAAAAAUAUCUUUGGUCCUGAAGGUCUAAAGAUUUUGAUCUGUGGUUUUUAAUGUGUAGAAGAAAUGUAAAGGUUGAGAGAGUGUAAAGUUCUUGCAAGGAUAUAUAUAAAACCUGUUUGUUUGUAAAAACAUAUGUUUUACCCUGUAAUAUAUGUCCUGUGCUAUGUAUUGAAUUUUAAUCUUUUAAUAACAUGGCUGUAAGUGUUAAUCA